UUUAUUCAAGGUGAAGAUGCCAAAGACAGAGCAACCUUCGAUCAUCCGGCGUACACCUCGUGUUUGCUAUGUUGUUGUUGGACUACUCUGUUUUAUCAUUGUCGGGAUACUCAUAGCGUCUGGAAUUAUCAUUCAUCGUCUUAAUGUUAAAAUAUCGUCAUUUCACGAAGAGGAAAAUUGUCCGUCACGUGAUCAAAACAUAAACCUUGACCCUCCGGAAAUACUUCCGCCUUUUUAUGAUCUUACAAAAGAUGAAAUUUUAGCAAUUAAAAGAUUUUUAUAUAGACAGCCAGAUCUAAACCUUGUUCAUGCAUCUGAAAUUCAUACAAAUAAAAGUUUUAUAUAUACAAUGGAACUAUAUGUUCCAGACAAAGAGGAAACUUUGAGAUUUCUCGAUGAGUCAGGGCCUGCACCAAAAAGGGAAGCCAAGGUUAUUAUCUUUAGGGGUGACAAAAAGGAUCCUUUUGUGCAAGAAAUAAUUGUCGGACCACUUCCAAAUCCAACGGAGAAACGAUCAGAGAAACAACGACCGUUUACGUAUCGACCAGUAUCAAUACCUGAAUUUAUGUGGGCCCAAGUUGUUAUGAACUAUUACUUGGAACAUAGAGUAAAUCAUAUUUUAGAAGAAAGUUAUGGAGGAAAGAUAGGUAAAUGUGUUGACAAAUGUUUAGAGUUUCAAAUGAUCACACAGAUGUCUCCGGUAUCAUCAGGCGAACCAUCAUCGAGGAAAAUAUGGUUUUGGCUUGCACCUGUUGGUGAGUUUUGGAGCCUUAACCCAAUUGACUUCUCUGUGCUGUUGGACAUGACAAGCACCAAAAUCGAAGAAUAUAGAAUAGACAAAAUAUACUAUGGAAACAAUAUGUAUAAUUCAGUCGAUGAUCUUGUUACUGCUUAUGAUUCAGGCGCAAUUUCUAAAACUAAAAUUAAGUUUCCAACCAUAAACAAGAACUGGUAUUCUACUCUGAACAGGAGGGGAACUUUGUUUCCGGAGGAAGGUUUACUACCGCCGAGGGAGUUUGAACCGAGUGGAAAACGAUAUUCCAUUAAUGGCUGCCAUAUUAAAUACAUGGGCUGGAGUUUUGACGUAAGAAUGUCGACAAUUAGUGGUCCUCAGAUAUUUGAUAUCCGGUACAACAAUGAAAGAAUUGUUUAUGAAAUGAGUCUACAAGAAAUUGCUGUUUUUUAUUCUGCAAGCAGUCCUGCACAGCGAUUUGCAGACUUUGUUGACGGUGUAGCCAUGAUAGGUUCGCGAAUAAAGUUCCUUGUUUCCGGUGCAGAUUGUCCUGCUCACUCAACUUAUUUAAGUUCCGAUGUAGUUCUUGAAUACUCUGAAGAUCCAAUUCAUUUUAAUCGAGCAUUCUGUGUUUUUGAGCAUAAUACAGGUGUUCCAUUGAGGAGACAUCUGUCAUUCCAAGGUAACAGGAUGUUUUAUGAAGGAAUGAUGGAUACGGUUCUGACACUUAGAACAGUUGCAUCGCUAGGCAAUUACGAUUAUAUAGUAGAUUUCAUCUUCCAUCAAAACGGAGGUGUGGAAUUUAAAGUGAUAUCAACGGGCUACAUAUUGACAUCUUUUAGACAUCCAUCGGAAGAUAGCUACGGUUUCCGCUUGCGCGAUCAUAUGACCGGAAACAUUCACCACCACAUGUUUCAUGUAAAAGUUGACCUAGAUAUUCACGGUCAUAAUAACAGGUUUGAAACGAUCGAAAUAGUUCCAGACGAAGUCAGCAUAACGGCAUUUGCAAACACUAGCAGUAAGUAUCAUCAGACAAAAAUGGUUCGUCAUGUUGUUGAUUCAGAAAAAGAGGCAGCUUUGAAGUUUGACUUUGAUGUACCGAAAUAUCUUACAUUUUACAACAAGGACUUCUUAUCUUCUACCGGUGCUCCAAGAGCAUAUAGGCUGUUUACAAGGGGAAUUUCAAAACAGGUUGUCAAAGAAGGUACUGGACAGGAACCGACUAUUUCGUGGGCACGUUAUCAGGUAGCUGUAACAAAAUAUAAGGAAACUGAAAGGCGAAGCAGUUCACUGUAUGCUAUGUAUGACGGUAUGGACCCAGUUGUAAACUUUCAGAGUUUCAUUGACGACAACGAGACCAUCACUGAUGCGGAUCAAGUGGCAUGGCUGACAUUGGGUAUACAUCACAUUCCUCAUAUGGAGGAUAUUCCUGUCACUCACACAGUUGGCCUUGACCUUGGAUUUUUUCUUCUACCAUUUAAUUACUUUAACGAAGAUCCUGCGAUGGGUUCCGGGGAUGCCAUACGAAUUGAACCGGAAAUACAAAGUGACUUUACUCAAGGAAUAAGAAUAGAAACCUACGGAAAGUCUGCAAUUGGACAAUGCAUCCCUUCUCAGUCACCGUCUAUGGACAGACUUAAGAGAAAUCCAAAGAGUUUAUUUGGCUAAAUGUCUUUCGGACGUGUGGAUUUCAUAUCAGGUUAUAAAAAUUCAGCAUUUUUGUUGUAAAUCACAAGGUGUUACUUGUUGUAAAAUAUGUUUGAACAAUUAGAUCUAGACCUAUUAA